AAUGCCGGUUACAGUACGUCAGUCGAUGGCAGUCGUUGGUCCUGGUUGGUCCUGUUUCAUAUAGGAUUUACGUCUGUCCGUUAUUAUUUCUCGUAAUUGAAAUUGGAUAAAAAUGAAUCUGCUAUCAAUAUUGAGAAGCUAACGACAUGUAGAGUGACGCUGACUGCUUCGCUCGAUGCUCGUAAAAACUGUGAAGGCUGUAUUAACUUUUCCCAUGGUUGACGUUACUUGCCUACUGGUAUCUUAGUGCCCCGUAUAUAAAGAACCUCAACGGUACGAGUGCCUUUCAGUAUGCGGUAUGGAGCGCACUACGAUUCACAAACGAAAUAGAUUCAAGUAUUCUUCAUUGUUUGACUUGUUUAUAUUCGUGCCUUGAGUCUCGCGUGAUGAAUGACGUGAAAUUUUGAAGACGCUGCGAAAGUGUACGAAGAAUAAUUUUACGACUGGUUUUUCAUCGAGUGAAAGUAACAUCGGAUCUUCUUGUCCGUUGUACGUCCUGUUAUUAGCACCUAGCCAUCCGCUUCACUCGACAGAGUUCUAACGAGUACAGUGUUAAGACAUUGUGGAACCGGCAAUUUUAACCAGAAGCUGUCUCAUGGCACCGGCUAUUAUUUCGUAAUUGAAUGUGGAAGUGAAAUAGUUAAUGCAAGUGCAAGCACCGCCAACUCGUGACCUAUCAACAAUGUGUCAAGUGGCCUCCGGCCAAAAUUAUAGCGUGCCCAAGCGUGUCCACGUAAGAUUAUCACACGGAAGCGUAACUGAGAUAGCAAAGCAUACUCGUCUAAUAAUUGUGCCUACAAGAGCUGCUGUAUGUACAUACAUUUGCUGUGGAUCAAUCAACUAGUAAUUUAGAGCCACCAUAUAGAACAAGUUGUAUGCAUCUUUUACGCAUCAAUUGCCAAAACCUUGAAGACCCAACUGAUGUUCAAGAACCUAAUACUCUGUUGCCAAGGAAUUACAAGCAACUGUUGCUGCUGAAUUGUUUGCUAGAAAAUAACAGCAACUUUAUUCCAGUACUAAUUUUUAGACUGCUAACUUUUAUCACGUUGUUAGGACUGACGUAGUUAUGUAUUCGGUAAUUGAACAAUUCGCUAACAAAAUCCUGUUAUGCAUUUAGAAUUUGUGUUUUCUUAACGGUUGCUUUCAGCUUACUAGCAAGAUGUGGUUAUGCUAUGCUCAUAAUACAGUAUAGAGUAGCAAAUGGUUACCAGCGAUAGAAGAAGAGUAUUGCCGAAUGAUAUUUGACUGUGAAGUUGUCUAAAUUUUAGUUGUUUUUAAGUGAAUUGAAAUCCACUAGGAUUUCAUUAAUUUUUCCAGUAAUAAGUUCACCUGGCUUCCUUACUGAGAGUUUAAAGCCCGUAUUCAGAACUUGCUUUUAGUGCUAAUAGCGCGCUUUUAAAUUUUUUCUUAGUGACUUUUAACUACAAGCGACCCUGUUAGUGACUUUAAGAGCGAGUUGUGAAUACGGGCUUAAGUGUAUAAAGUAUUCCAAUUCGAAGAAAAAAUGUUGACGUAUGAUUUCCUCGAAAUCUAAAAGAGCCGCCUGCUGUAUGACGAAAAUAGCUUAUUGAAACGCUUAACGCAGAUUAAUGCGCUAUAAUUAAUUAAUGUGUUAUAAUCAAGAGAAUUAUUGAACAACUGAUCACUGACGAAGAGCUGCAUUUUUAAUAAAUUUUUAUCAUUAAAACGAUCGACUGAUUUUUAAAUUUUAAUUUCUUCAUAAUACAUCGGGCCCUGUUCAAGGCUAGCUUAACUAAUCCUACUCAAUAUAUAAUGUUGAGAUAAACCGAAUACCAUAACUGAUUUGGCACGUUUUUAUACGUAAACACGUAAGAAAAACAUAACAAGGUGUAAAGCAAGAAAACGGUUGUAGCUCGUCGUACGACGUAACCUAUAAACAUCGAUAAAAAAGAAAUCACGUACAGGCAUUAUGGGUAAUGUCGAAAAACUUUAGAUCAUUCCGCAUGAAUUAUUACGUGCCCAUGAAAUGGGUUCGCGUGUUGAUAAUUCCAAGGUCCUCUCACUGUUUCAUACACACGUGGUUAAAAAUGUUAGGUGAUACACGCAUAGGACGUCGAGUAUAGCGAUGAAACUUAACGAAAGAUGGAAAGAUCGUUCGGUCAGGAAUUCGGCGACGAAAUUUAUUCUAAAACGAAUACCGAUACUGUCAUGGCUUCCGAAAUACAAUACGGAAAAAAUGAUGAGCGACGCAAUUGCUGGUAUCACCGUAGGACUCACUGUUAUGCCGCAGGCAUUGGCUUAUGCUACUUUGGCUGGACUUGAACCACAGUAUGGACUUUAUUCCGCAUUUAUGGGCGCCAUUGUUUACGUUUUUCUUGGAUCCUGUAAGGAAAUCACCAUAGGGCCUACAGCAUUAAUGGCUCUGAUGACUCAUCAGUACGUUCAAGGGCGGAGCGUGGAUUUUGCCAUAUUACUUGCAUUUCUCACAGGCUGCCUGCAAUUGCUUAUGGCUUGUUUGCGAUUGGGUGUACUCAUUGAUUUUAUAUCUGUACCGGUGACUGUUGGAUUCACUUCUGCCACUUCGGUGAUAAUUGCCGUUUCCCAGCUAAAAGGUCUUCUAGGUCUCAAGGUCUCGUCUUCGGGAUUUCUAGAUACUAUUAUCAAAGUAAUCACGCACAUUGGCGACACGAGGGUCUGGGAUGCUGGAAUGAGUUUCUCGUGCAUAACAAUCCUUCUGAUACUGAGGAAAUUGAAAGACAUCAAAUUAUGCAAAGAAGGACAGAAGCCAACAGAGAGGCAAAAGACCUUAAUGAAAGUAAUGUGGCUGAUUUCUACAGCGAGAAACGCUAUUAUCGUUAUUGCCUGUUCUGCUGUUGCUUACAAAUUGGAGACUUCCGGUUCCGGUUCGCCAUUUAUUCUGACGGGUCCUGUAAAAUCCGGUUUGCCUUCAUUUAGUUUCCCACCAUUUUCAACUCAGGUGAACAAUAGCACCGUGAGUUUCAUAGAGAUGUGCGGUGAGCUCGGUUAUGGCAUCUUCCUGGUGCCAAUAAUUGGAGUCCUGGGGAACGUUGCUAUUGCGAAGGCUUUUGCCAGUGGGGAUAACAUUGAUGCUACGCAGGAACUUAUUACUUUGGGUGUCUGCAAUAUUCUCGGAUCUUGUGCCAGUGCAAUGCCUGUUACUGGUUCCUUCAGCAGGUCUGCAGUUAAUCAUGCAAGCGGUGUCAAAACACCUAUGGGUGGACUUUAUACAGGAAUUCUUAUCUUGUUGGCACUCAGUUUGUUAACGCCUUACUUCUAUUUCAUUCCAAAAGCAUCAUUGGCAGCAGUAAUCAUUUGUGCUGUAAUAUUCAUGAUCGAGUAUGAGGUGGUCAAACCCAUGUGGAGAUCUAGCCGAAAGGACCUUAUACCCACCUUUGUCACUUUUGUACUAUGUCUCAUCAUUGGUGUUGAAUAUGGCAUCCUGGCUGGUGUUGGGAUAAACUUAAUAUUCUUAUUGUAUCCAUCAGCACGACCAAUUAUCAAUGUAGAAAAAUGUGUUACUGUCUCCGGAGCAGAGUAUCUUCUGGUUACGCCAGGAAACAGUCUUUACUUUCCUGCAGUCGAUUUCAUAAAACAAUCUGUGGAUCGUGCUGGGAGAAAAGAAGGUUCUAGUCAAUUACCCGUUGUUGUUGAUUGUAGAUACGUGUUGGGAGCUGACUUUACAGCAGCGAAGGGUAUAGCUGCUCUUAUAAACGAAUAUAACAAUCGAAAACAAGGUCUUUACUUUUAUAAUCCACGAUGUGAUGUUGUUUCGGUCUUACGAGGAGCUUGUGGAGAAAAUUUUCAAUAUGUUUCAACCCACGAGGAAUUAUCAUACUUAUUAUAUACGAGUCCAGAUCAAUCUAGACAACUUCUUGAAGUGACUCGCGAGAAUUCAACUCAACCUUUGACAAUGAACAACUCUAAGUUAAUUCAUAGAGUCUCGUCAACUCAUGAACUCAGUGAAGUGACAACAACGUUGUUGCAGCAUGCAGCAGCCAGUUGAGAAUGUGGUGUGACCAUUUUUUUAUAACGACAAAUAUAGCAACAAUUUUUUUACGCAGAUCCUGUCACGUACUUACAUUUCUUCCAUUUAAUGACAGGCGGAUCAUUAAUCUGAAAACGAUCACGCGGGAAGAGCUAUAGACUUCGGCAGUUAAAAGUUAAAGCUAAUAAAUAGAAUUUUUUUUAUUAACUGUACAUUUUUCUCUACCUUGACAUGAAGCUUUUUAAACGUAAUCUACACAAAAAAAACCUACAAAAGUGACUGAUUCCAACAGAAUAUAAACCAAUUUAAUCUUAUUGAGGCGUAGAACUUACUCCAUGCGCCUAUUAACAUUAUAUGUUCCCUAAGUGACCACUUUUGUGAGAAAGUUUUUGAAAACUACUUUCAAAGUUAAGCAAUUGAAAUAUUGAUUGAACAUCAUGAAAAAAAGUGAACAGGUCUAAUAUAUGCAUUACAAAAGAUAUAAUUUCGUCAGUACAGUGGCCUCACGUUAAAUGCGCGACUACGAGGGUGUCAGGGAAAGUAAGUUCUAACAAAUACUAAAUUAUAGGGUACAUACACCCUCACUAGACUCAACCCUCCUACCAGAUUCAAUAUCCUCUGAAAGCUAAUUUAUUGACAGUCGUUAUUCUGCGCGAAAUAUUUAAACAAGUUGAAGAAAUUACCGUAUUAAAAUCUUAUUUUACAUUUAA